CAUUUAAUUAGUUAGCUAGCUUAACUAGCUGCCUAGGGUUAACAAAAUUUGUCAUUUUUAACGUUUUUGCUUAAUUAUGUCAAGUUUAAGAUGGUAAAUAAGUUGUUUUCUGUGAUUUAAAAGCUUUUUAACCAUCUGUUUUUGUAGCUUAAGCAGAUUUUUGCUGAGGUAACUUUCACUCAAAAGUGACGGCUAGAGCGUCGUCGUUGCUCUUGCGGUAACGUUACGCUAGUUUAGAGAGUUUUCUUCGUAUUUAAGGGGCCAGUGUAAUGUACUUGGGCCGGUUGCCAGCUGUCUGGGUCAGACACGUUUCAGACACCCAGCCAGACUCAACUACUCCACUCUGCCGUCUGGGGUUUUUGGUUCAUUUCUUUCAGAGGCAGUGAAAUGUGGAGCCGGUGCUUUUCUAGCGCUGCUGCCUUCGCGUUAACGCAGGCUGCUUCUAACAGAGUAGUUUGGGUUAAUUUCCUAACUUCUCGCAGAGAUUUGGCAUUUUUCUCCUUCUGGUUGACACUUCGAAUGAUCAUCAUUGCUGCUCUAAGGGCAGCCAAAUGGAUAAUUCAAGACAACCUCCAAAUAUAGAUCUGCUGCUUUGGAAUUACUUGAAGUAAUUUGCUUGCACCACUCAUGGCUGACCCAAGUUCAGAGGCAGAUGCAAGUCAAGUCUGGAGGCUCAGACUUACCAAAGACUUUUGAACCCUGGAUCACUCACAGACUUAAAGGUGAAGUUCAAGAAUAUCAAGGAUGCUCAUCCUCAUGGGCGUGUUAUGGUGCAAGGCUGGAUUGACUGAAGUGUUUUAAUUCUCGUGUAGCUCCCCCACCCCCCUCCCCCACCCCAUGUCAGAUCUUCUCUAAAUUAUGGAAAUUUUUUGGAAGACGCUGACUUGGAUAUUGAGCCUGCUCUUGGCCGCUGCUGAUCCUCAGAGCCUUUCGUACACUUCUCAAGAGGAGUUCCUGUCCCACCUGGAGGACUACCAGCUCACGGUGCCUGUUCGUCUUAACGAGAAGGGCGAGUUCAUGAGUUACACUGUGAAACAGCACCGGCCUGGCCGACGGAGACGGGGUCUGGACCAACCUGGACCAGAUCACGCUGAGACCAGGCUCUUUUACAGACUCUCAGCUUAUGGCAAGCACUUUCACCUGAACCUGACUCUCAACCCCAACCUGGUUUCUAAACAUUUCACUGUAGAGUACUGGGGUAAGGAUGGGCAGGAGUGGCGGCACUCCACAGUGGAUGAUUGCCAUUAUGUUGGAUACCUACUGGAUCACUACAGCACUACAGGAGUGGCACUAAGUAACUGCAAAGGCUUGCAUGGUGUCAUCUCCACUGAAGAAGAGCAGUAUUUAAUAGAGCCAUUAAAAGACAUAACCUCCAAAAACUCCAGUGAUUUCCGGCUCACAGGAGAGGGGCAGCCACAUGUUAUUUAUAAAAAGUCCUCCAUCCCUUCACCACAGCAGCCCAGCGAGGAGUUCAGUUGUGGUGUCUCAGACCUCACAUUAAGCCAGACACCAUGUUUGGGAACCAGUCCUGCCCCAUUGUCCCCGUCUCCAGUACAAAAUAAUGGCAGCUCCAGCAACGCACACCGGCAGCGGCGCUCUGUCAGCACUGAGCGUUUCGUAGAAACUCUGGUGGUGGCUGACAAAAUGAUGGUGGGCUACCAUGGCCGCAAGGACAUUGAGCACUACAUCCUGUCUGUCAUGAAUAUUGUUGCCAAACUUUACCGUGAUGCCAGUCUAGGAAACGUUGUGAACAUUAUUGUAACCAGACUGAUUGUUUUAACUGAAGACCAGCCCAACUUGGAGAUUAACCACCAUGCAGACAAGUCUCUGGAUAGUUUCUGCAAGUGGCAGAAAUCCCUCCUCUCUCAUCAGGGAGAUGGAAACAGCAUCCCAGAGAAUGGCAUAGCUCACCACGACAACGCUGUUCUCAUCACAAGGUUCGACAUCUGCACCUACAAAAAUAAGCCAUGUGGUACACUCGGCCUGGCGUCUGUAGCUGGAAUGUGUGAACCAGAGAGGAGCUGCAGCAUUAACGAAGACAUAGGACUGGGUUCUGCUUUCACCAUCGCACAUGAGAUCGGACACAACUUCGGAAUGAAUCACGAUGGAAUAGGGAACACCUGUGGGACCAAAGGCCACGAAACGGCCAAACUGAUGGCGGCGCACAUCACGGCCAAUACCAACCCAUUUUCCUGGUCCACCUGCAGCAAAGACUACAUCACCAGCUUCCUAGACUCAGGUCGGGGAACGUGUCUGGACAAUGAGCCUCUGAAACGAGACUUCCUGUACCCCACAGUGGCUCCGGGGCAGGUGUACGAUGCGGACGAGCAGUGUCGUUUCCAGUACGGCGCCUCCUCCAGACAGUGCAAAUAUGGGGAAGUGUGUAGAGAGCUCUGGUGCCUUAGCAAAAGUAACCGCUGUGUCACCAACAGUAUCCCAGCCGCAGAGGGAACACUCUGCCAGACUGGCAGCAUUGAGAAAGGGUGGUGCUACCAGGGCGAGUGUGUGACUUUUGGGACGUGGCCGCAGAGCGUGGAUGGUGGCUGGGGACCUUGGUCCAUGUGGGGCGAGUGCAGCAGGACUUGUGGUGGUGGAGUAUCCUCAUCCAUGCGCCACUGUGACAGCCCAGCGCCGUCUGGUGGAGGAAAGUACUGUCUUGGGGAGAGAAAGCGCUACAGGUCAUGCAACACUGAUGCCUGUCCAACAGGGUCACGAGACUUCAGAGAAAAGCAGUGUGCCGACUUUGACAGCAUGCCUUUCCGUGGGAAGUACUACAACUGGAAACCUUACACUGGAGGUGGCGUGAAGCCCUGUGCUCUGAACUGCCUGGCCGAGGGCUACAACUUCUACACGGAGCGCGCCCCUGCUGUCAUCGACGGCACACGCUGCCAGGCCGACUCUCUAGAUAUCUGCAUCAACGGAGAGUGUAAGCAUGUGGGCUGCGACAACAUCCUUGGAUCGGAUGCUAAAGAGGACAGAUGUCGUGUUUGUGGAGGAGAUGGCAGCACAUGUGAAGCUACUGAAGGCCUGUUCAAUGACUCCCUGCCCAGAGGAGGUUACAUGGAGGUGGUCCAGAUCCCCAGGGGUUCAGUUCACAUUGAGAUCAAAGAGGUGGCCAUGUCAAAGAACUAUAUCGCUUUAAAAUCCGAGGGAGAUGAUUAUUACAUCAACGGUGCAUGGACCAUCGACUGGCCUCGUAAGUUCGACAUUGCAGGAACAGCGUUUCACUACAAGAGAUCUGCAGAUGAGCCUGAGUCUCUGGAAGCACUUGGAGCAACUUCUGAAAACCUGGUUGUCAUGGUACUACUACAAGAGCAAAACCAGGGCAUUCGUUACAAGUUCAAUGUGCCUAUACAGCGCACUGGCAGCGGGGAUAAUGAGGUGGGCUUCUCCUGGCAUCAUCUGCCGUGGUCCGAAUGCUCCUCCACCUGUGCAGGAGGUUCUCAGAAACAGGAGGUGGUUUGCAAGAGGCUGGACGACAACUCGGUGGUCCAGAACAGCUACUGCGACCUUGAUAUCAAACCGCCCGAGAAUCAAAGACCCUGCAACACAGAACCUUGCCCACCUGAAUGGUUUAUCGGAGACUGGUUGGACUGUAGUAAAACGUGUGAUGGAGGGAUGCGUACGCGCACUGUUCUCUGUAUUCGCAAAACUGGACCAGCAGAGGAGGAGAACCUCGAAGACAGUCACUGCCUGACCCAUCGACCCAUUGAACGCGAAUCCUGCAACAAUCAGUCCUGUCCUCCUCAGUGGGUAACUCUGGAUUGGUCAGAGUGUACCCCAAAGUGUGGCCCAGGCUUCAAACACCGCAACGUUUUGUGCAAGAGUAGUGACCUGACCAAAACCUUCCCACCAGCUCUAUGUUCAGACCAUAACAAACCCCCAGUCCGAAUCCGCUGCAGUCUGGGCCGCUGUCCUCCACCACGCUGGAUCCCUGGAGAGUGGGGACAGUGUUCAGCACAGUGUGGGCUGGGACAGCAGAUGCGGACAGUGCAGUGUCUCUCAUACACAGGGCAGCUCUCCAACGAGUGUCCCGAGUCGCUGCGACUCAGCACUAUGCAGCAGUGUGAGAGCAAGUGUGAUGCUACCCCCAUCUCCAACGGUGACGAGUGCAAAGAUGUAAACAAGGUGGCAUAUUGCCCACUGGUGCUGAAGUUCAAGUUCUGCAGCCGUGCCUACUUCAGACAGAUGUGCUGCAAGACUUGCCAAGGACACUGAUCCUACAGAGAGAGAGAGCAAGAGAGAAAAAGAGAGAGAGAGAGGAAGAGAAGAGGGGAGAGAAAAAAAAGACGCAGAGGAAAGGAUAGAGGAUACAGAAGAACAGAAAAGCAGUCGUGGGCUGGAAGAGCAGCACAAGGCAAAGAAACUGCUGUCUCCUCUUCUCUCUCACUCUCUCCCUUUCUCUCUCUCUGUCUCUCUCACUCUCUCUCUCUUUAUUACACACACAUACACACACAACACUCCUGCUUUCUUACACCUGUGGAACCCAUACCACUGGUCAGCAACAUGCUGACACAUUUUGUUUUAUUUUCACUUCUGUGAAGUUGGAACUUGAUCAUUAUUGUUAUUUUAUUAUAAUAAUAAUAAUUGUUAUUAUUGUAAUUAUUGUUAUUAUUAUUGUUGUUAUUGUUAUUGAUGUCUAUCUGUUUUGUAAUCCAAAGUGCUGGACACAUCCUUUGCAGAAGUGGCACAGCUGAGAACCUUUUUUCCAAAAAGGAAACAAAACAAAACUGGGAACACAAA